AACCUUCACAGAAACUCUCACAGAUGCACAAAUAAAUUUAUUACACCAAAAUGUCUCCGUCCAAUUAGCUGCCCACACAUUAAUUCAUACAUGCACAGCAGUUGACAAACAAAAGUUUGGGAGAUGUUGUUUCAUUGGUAGAUAUGGGUUUUUGAAGUCUGCAGUCUCAGUAAGAGGUGACAGAAUGGAAGCUUGGUUGAGAAUUAUACAUGCGUAACGAUGAGUGAGUCUAAAAACUGGCGCCGAUGAUAGGCAUCUGCGAUCAAGUUCAAUCAAUACACAGUGAUGAUCAGAUGUAAGAUCUUGAGAAACAUCAACUGCCUGCACUAAUUGGUCAUCAGGUCGAUGCAUGAUGAGACUUGUUGUCAAAAUGGACAUUAACAUCUCCAAGAAACACUGCAGAUCCAGUGAGUGCAUUGCUAUAGUCCAGGAUAUAAUGAAAUUCUGAGAAAAAGGUAGAGGCUGUGAGUUUGUUCUUAGCGCUCAGAGGGGGGUCCAUAAAUGCAGAACAGGCGUAUCAAGCUAUAGGGAGCCAAAAAAGAGACUUGUACACAUUCAAAAGAUGUACGGGAGGAACGAUAAAGCAGUACUAAAAAACAGGUACUUGGCAAAUGAUAAUUUGUAAAUAGCAAUGCUGCCUCCACAUGUAGGAUGGGGGACUGAUUUUACUAUCUAGGAACAUAGCCUGCAUCCAUUCGGUGAGAUAGGAGUUGAACCAAGUCCAGAAAUCCCAGAAAUGCAAGAAACCAGCAAAGAUUACAUUUAUCUUCUUGCACAAGAAAAGACCUAGCUAGAACCAGACUAUUCAUAUAUUAAACUUGGCCAAAAAUCCAAGCAAAAACAAUAGGAACUUUCUCCUUUCUUUAUAAAUUUCUUGGUGUCAGCAUCACAUUGUAAACGGCCUCUGUCAGCUUUCCUUCAUUUUUAAGUGAUUUAAUUAUCAGUUGGCAAUGAAACUACAGUCAGUGACUUCUUUGUGCAAUAUUAUUAAUAUUAUUAACAAGUGUUAAUAAGCAACUUAAUUUUUAAUAUUUGAAAAUAUAUACUUUUUUUGCUGGUACAUGUAUUUCUCUCAUCUACUACUUGUUGAUCUCUAUAGCUUUGGAAUAUUCUUAUGACUCAGUCAAUGAUAUUGCUCAGCUCCAUGGGGGAUUUAUUAUGAGAUAACAGCACUGAUCCCAGAGGGCAAUGAGGGGCAGCUCGAUAUGGCAGCACAAAACACAUACAUUCAUGGUUCAGGCAGCUGCAUUCAUUCGCACGCAGUAACAUUCAGAAGGACAGCCUCAAUCUGUUGGUCCUCAGGUACACAGAAUCUGCGGCCCGAUGGGAGUUGGACAGGACUGUCAUCACGAAAAAUUCCAGACACUUUCAGAAGUGUCUGCCUGUUAUACAGAGUCUGAAGAUCACUCUGGUCUGUCCCAGUGUCUUUGGAGCAGGUGGAUACACGAUGUAAGCUGGUCUUGUUCUUCACCGAUAAACUGUUGUAAAAACAGAUGAACGAGGACAGCACGCUCUCUAUAUCGAUGGGAUAUAGACUUCAUGCAGUGUCCGAAGAAGGAAGAGGCGCUGCUUGAGUGUUGGGAUCCCAGAGAAGUUUCCUAUCGGAGAUGGUACUCAAGUCUUUGUGGUUCGUGACCUGGAUUGUCUCACUUUUCACUCUGCGGGCCACAAGUACAAUUGUUUUUCUUCAGUUUAGAAACUUUAACAAUCAUGAAGCGCCUGAAAGGGUCGGGAAUUGGAGUAGCGUCCCUUGAUGUUCCUUCUUCAACGUGAAGUUGUGAGUGGUCAUUCACGGCGGUUGUUCCAAAACUUCAAAGCUGCGUACAGCUGUACCUGGCUGAGUAUGACUGUCUCAACAGAAAGAUGGCUUCUUUACAUCCAGGAAAAGAAAACAAAGAACCUAAAGGUUUUCACGACAAGUCAAAGAACUCUUCGUCUGCAUCAGCAAGCAUAGAGGGAGGUUCAGAGAGUAAAGUGGAUAUGUUUGACUCUUCACAAUCUAAACGCAGGAUUCCAACAGCAAAUGAUUUUCAGCUUUUAAAACCAAUCAGCAGAGGAGCAUUUGGGAAAGUUUUUCUUGGCUGCAAAAAGUCGGACCCAGACAAACUGUAUGCAAUCAAAGUGAUGAAGAAGGCAGACCUGAUAAAUAAGAACCUUAUUGCACAAGUGACAACAGAAAGAGAUGCUUUGGCAAUGAUUCACAGCCCUUUUGUGGUGGAGCUAUACUAUUCCAUACAGUCAGAACAGAAUAUUUACCUGGUAAUGGAGUACUUGGUAGGAGGAGAUGUGAAGAGUCUGCUAGCUGUCUAUGGAUACCUGGGAGAACAAGUGUCAUGCAUGUAUGCAGCAGAAGUGGUCCUUGCACUGGAGCACCUGCACAGACUUGGUAUUAUUCAUAGAGAUUUGAAACCAGAUAAUAUGCUAAUUUCUGGCAAUGGUCCGAAACUAACAGACUUUGGACUGUCCAAGGUUGCAAUUGAUGUCAACAACCCUGCUGUUCCCACACCCAGAUCCAGACUUGACCAGUUCCGUACUCCAGGCCAGAUAAUUUCACUGAAGUCAUCUCUUGGCCUAUCUGCUUCCCGUUGUGAACAACAUACUUCAGAGAAAAGACCAGGAAAGAGCCGCAAAUCCAUCCUUAGCUGCACUAGUUCAGAAAACAAGACAAACGGUGGACCUCUAAGUCCACUGGUGAAUGGAAUCUUACUAACUCCAGAGACUCAUGGGACCAAAGCACUGUCACUGCGGCACCGCCUUGCCACCAACUCUAUUUUUUCUCCCAGACCAGGCCGGGGUUUCUCAAACUUUUCCCAUUCUGCUACUCCUCCACCUGUGAAAAGUUUGACCCCAACGCUUAAAGAAUCCUCAAAGUGGGGUGGCAUGUCAUCAGUCAACGUCUGUAGUGAGAUGUCUGAUCCCAGGUUGCGCCGUCGAUCCAGCGCUAUGUAUGCUGCAGAUCUAAGCAAGAUUCAAGCAAGAUUUUCCAUAAAUUCUUCUGUGUCAUCUGUGGAUGAUGUGUUUUCCAGCACUCACCAUGAGUUACAUAACCUCCCUGGCAGUGCAGGGACCUCUGGAGAGGAGGACUGUCAGGAACUAAACUGCCUUAGUCAUGACAAGGCCUCUUGUAGACAAGAGAGUGUGGAUGACAACACACCCCUUCUUCACCGUACAUCUGAGUCUGUUUGGAACUCCUAUGCAGCCCGCAACCUUCGCAGCUUCCAAGAUGAUUGCAAUCUUGAAAACAGUCUUCAUGGGGAAAGAAGCUUGGACGAACACUCUCCUGUCUUCUUGCAGCAAAGAGCAAAUUCUCGAUUAGCAUCAGUAGCAGAACUGCCUGGGGAGGGACCAUCCAGUCACUUCGUCAACAUGACUGAUGGGUCAGAUGACAGUUCUUGUCACCCUGGCAGGUAUCCUAGCAGGGGACAACCAUGUCGGAAGCGUUCCUAUGAGGACAUAUUGCUUGGAGAUUUUGGGAGGCAUGCAAGUACUGGACUUACCCAAGAGGUAAAGAUACUGCAGGUGGGGGAGAUGUUGCAGCAGCAAAUGAAAGGACAGCCAACAUCUGCAAGGGAUGACAUAAUCAAUAGUGAUGGAAGAAGGGAUAAUCAACUGGAGGUCUUCUCCGACAACAAUCAAGAUAUCAUGGCCACUAGCAACCUUUCCUCUUUCAAAAUCCGGGUCAGGUCCACCAAACUGGAUGAGCCAGUCGCAGAGCCCUCAGAUGCUGUGGAGCUCUCCCCAGUGCAUGGCACCUUAUCAGAAAACCUAAGGGGAACUCUAGUCCAGAAGUUGUCCUAUUCUGAACUGUAUGGCAGUCUCCUCAUGAGCUCACCAGAGACAGAGCCGGAAGAAUUGGGUGACCAUAGUGUUGCCGUCAGACUGUAUGUGGGUGCUGGUGCAGAGACAAUCCAUGCUGAUGCAGGCAGCAUGUACUCUGAAUCUGAGGUACUGCCUGUCAGUGAUGUUGACCAAGAGCUGCCUCAGGCAUGCUCGCAGAUGUUGGAUGAAGAAUUGAUGAUAUCCAUUGUUCAAAAUAAUAGCUCACCUGUGUGCCAGAGAGGAGCAAUGGCACCACCAGAAACACCAAGUCUGAGGUUCAGUCAGAAAGCCAUAAAGACUGUUGAGUUCGCUAGCCAUGGACAGCACUUUGAAGUAACGCCUAAAACAUCCCGUCGAUCUUCUGCUGGCCUGCGGUUACGAACUCCAAAGGAAGGAGUGCGAAGAGGGCCUGACCCAGGCCCUGACAAUGAUGACCGCAUUUUGGGCACUCCUGACUAUUUGGCGCCUGAGAUUCUUCGACAGGAACCUCAUGGCCCUGCUGUUGACUGGUGGGCUAUGGGAGUCUGUCUUUUUGAGUUUUUGACGGGACUUCCACCCUUCAAUGAUGAGACUCCAGAGCUAGUGUUUGCCAACAUUCUCAACAGAGCAAUUUCCUGGCCUAACUUCAUGGACGCGCUGGGUGUGGAGGCGCAGGAAGCCAUCAACCUGCUACUCACCAUGGACCCUCAGCAAAGGCCAGGUGCUGCUGAAGUUAAAGCAAUGGCCUUUUUCUCCAACCUGGAUUGGGACAGAAUAUUGGAAACAGAGCCUGCUUUUAUUCCACAACCAGACAAUGACAUGGACACGUCAUACUUUGACCCUAAAAACACAUUGCAGCAAUUAAAAAUAUCUGCAGUUGAUCUGUGAUCCAUCGCUUGGUUUAAAUGCCACAAAACGAAAGGCAUCUUUUCUAGUCAUUUGCAAGAAUGGUUUGUCACAAACACAAACCUUCUAGUGUGUUUACUGAAAAUGGAAAGAAGCACUGGGAUUGCAGUCUGGUGAAGCAGCUGUGUUCCUGGGAUUGCAAAGUCACUUCUUUUAGCAUCAGGAGAUGCUGGUCAGCUUUCAAAGAAGUUUAUGUUAAUACCUGGAGCAUUAUUUUUCAACACACUAAAUUGUGAAUUCUCAAAGAUACCAUUUCCAUUUUGAAAAGAAAACUACAUUUGAACAUAUUUUUUUUUUCAUAACACUUACUUAUUUUGGAGCCUUUCAAGAUGAACUGUUUCUUGUUGUGCUUUUCUUUUUUGUUUUAAAGGGAAUGAUAAUUUUGAAUGAAUAUCUGGCACCUAGAGCACCAAGUAUUGCUGAAUGUUAGGUGAAAUUUUUUUUGCACGAAAGUACAAAGUAGAAAAUACUUUGAAGUUAAUGGUUUAGUUCUUUUCUUUGGAUGUUUAUGUUUAUGUUCAUGCCCUGUGCUUGUUUAGUUGCUAUAUGCAGUCCAACAGAUUUUAUAAUUUAUCACUUUCUUUAAAAUUUUGAAUGUGAAAAUGAUACAUUAGCUGGUGAUAAAAUGUUACGGCAGAUCUUUAUGACACUAAAUGGUAUAAAAUCAUUGUUGUUUUUUGUUAGUGAUUAGGGGAAAAGAUAAUCAUGAACUGUUUAUAUCAGAUUGUAGGAGAACAAGUAAAGUCUUUUAGAGAGCCUUGUUUUUUUCAUUAGUGAUUAUAGUAAAAGAUAAUCAUAAAAUGUUUAUAUCAGAUUGUAUGAGAACAAAAGUGUUUUAGAGAGAUUGUCUUUUUCAGUAAUCUUCAUUAUAGGAGAGUUUUGCCCUGCAAUGAUAUUGGCUGUUGUAUAUUACUAUUUAAAAAGUGUAACCAAGAUGUACAGUUUAACAUUUCUGAGGACUGUUUUAAUGUAUAUACCUGCUGAACAGGUUGUAAUCCAAAAUAAAUAUUAAAAGUAUUUUAGGCUUCA